GCCAUGGCCGGCGUGGCGGGGCGCUUGCCCCAGGGUGCUGCUGGUGCGGCAGCCAGUCCAGGCGCCAAGUCCGCCGCGAAGACGGCCGCCAAGCCUGCGGCCAAGCCUGCGGCCAAAGCUUCGGCAUCGCCUGAGGCCUUGCAAACGGCUGGCCGGAUGUCCCCACUGCCCCAAGAGGACCCUGCGGCGCAGUCUGCGUUCAGGUUCAACGUCUUGGAGCAAGAUGAUCCCUUCGAGCGUUUCGUCAAGCAACAGCUGGCACUUCUGGACGAUGAGUUGCGGGGCAUCCAAGACCUGGAGCCGUUUCUGGUGCAGGAGCAGCUUGCGGCUCUGGAGGCGCAGCUGCGAUCGAAGCGCAAAGACUGGACGACACAGGAGUCCAUCGUCACUGCGGGGCCCACGCCACGCAGUCGCCAGAGGCCGGAGGGUCUCCGCGACUCUCCCCGAACACUGCAGCGGCAAGGGCGGCAGGUGCCGCCCAGCCUGCCGAGGGAGCUGCAGGGUGCCGGUGCACCUGCUGCAGCCCUCAUCCCGGUGAGCAGCGAAGGGGAAGCCCUUCGGAGCCAAGCAUUGGAGCGUCGCGUGCAUAGACUCAUUGAGAAGCGCCGCGCCCGCGAACAGCAGCUGGAGCUGCAGCAAGCGCCGCCGGCGCUGGAGAGUCCCCGCAGCCCCGUGACCGCCGUGGGCGGUGGCACGGCGGGCGCCAUGCGACAGGCCCAUGCCGCCUGGGCCGAGGCCGCGUCGCAGCGCAGUGGCGGCAGUCCGUUGCCGCGGACAGGAGCACCCCAGCUCAGCACCUUUCCGGCGGCGUUUCCGACGUUUCCGGCCGCUGGCGAAGCGACAUUGCACCGUCCUGAAGCCAUGCAGUAUCCACUGGAUUCUGCUGCUGUGGUGAGCGGCCGCACCUGGAGCCCCGGCCACGCACGGCCACCAGCCGUUGCCAACGACCGGUUGGAUCCCGUGACGAAACGCGAGUGGAUUGGUGGACCAGGUGGUGCUGUCAGCAGCGCCGGGGCGGGUGCCCCGGGUGCCCCGCGGCCGCUUGCAGACACCGCGACAAUACCUGGCAGCAGUUCCACCCCUCGCUAUAGCCCACAGGCCCGUGUUCCAGACCAGGACACCUCGCCCACCUCGCCGCCCUCGCGGAAAAACGCCGCGCCGCUUGAAGCACCGGCAUCACGGCGUAGGAGAAAUCGCUCUGGAAGCCCCACUCCUCCGCCGAAAGCGGCGCCGCAGCUGACUUCGGAAGAUGUGGGAACCAUGGACGUGGAGCGGAUCCGACAACAACUCAAACCGGGCCUGGGGACGGUCCUGCAGGAGGCCUUCAAGCCGCGCGGCCGCACCUCGCGGCGCUCCACGGGCGCCCUUCCAGCGCCAAACGACUCUGGCGACCUGUUGGCCAAUGCGGCGGAGUUACUCCUGAGGAAAAAACAAGAAGCCAAAGAAGCAGAGCAAUCCAGCACCCCUCCAGCCACCGAUUCCCUGCUCUAUGACGUUUCUGUGAAGCUGCGCGAGCAUGCUGCCCAGGUGGCGCAGGAGGAGGCACGGCCUGCCGUGCAGGAGCCGCGCCGUGAGCCGAUAUGA